CCAGCUAUCACACCCUUCCCUCCCGCCCCUUCCUCCCUUCUUCUACUCCGUGACGCCUGCUCCAUGGCUAAUACGAUGCCGCUCUUGCCACCCUUUUCCGAGUCGAGCGCUCUUUCUUCUCAGCGCCUUGCCACUGUAUUGGAUUCUAACCAGACGGUUCCUGUCAAAACAUCAGAUUGCAGCUCUCGUGUAUCGACGAACGGAGCAGUAUCUUACCUUCCUGGAGAACCAAGCGUAGCCCUUUCAAAAGCCGCUGUUGGGCGCUUUCUCGUCUCGGAACUCAGCACCCCGGUUCUUGACCAGCUCUACAAUCACCUAUGGUUUGUUGCACGAAGAUCCGGCCAGAGCAUCGAUUCAUUGCACAAGCAAAAGAUAAAAGGACGAUCUAUCAUUCCUACGGAAGAUCCUCACCUUCACCUCGUGUGGCACCGCGAUAAGACAUAUGUCAAACCGAUGCCGGAGUACUUGCUGAACUACCACUUUUGGACUGCAUUUCUAUCCACAUCGCCUGACAACAAAGAAGCCAAAGAGGAAUCUGCAAUAAUACCAGAGUUUGACCGAGCAACGGCUUUAGGUUUUAUGCGAUCUUACUCUUAUCUUGUGCAGCAUCGUGUCGAUCUUAUCCUCGCACGCGAAUCGCAUCUCCUUCCGGUCGAGAUUGAUUGGAUCCAGUGGUCAGAGUUUAUUGCCAAUUUUCGACAGAUUGAGGAUUACGAUGUAUCCAAGCGCUAUCACUAUGGGCAGCUCCGCCUCUCGCGAUUAGAUUGGGCGGUUCGUCUAUUUCGGCCUUCAUCUGCAGCAACAAAGUGGUUCUACGAAAUCCCUCACUGGUCCAUAGGCAUAUAUGUUGAGCGAUCAAUCGCGCCGCUCCUCUUUGGCUUUGCCAGCUUUUCGCUGGUUCUAUCGUCCAUGCAAGUUUUACUGGCGGUACCUGAUGAGGGUUUGAAACUCCAUGGUGUUGGCGAUCUGUCCCUAGUAUAUAUGAGGCGAGCGUUUUGGGUGUUUUCAAUUAUCGUGCUGCUCUUGUCUGGAGUGGCCUGGAUACUGCUUUGUGUGAUUCCAUUCACCGGAUUCAUGUGGCAGAUAUUAUGGGGAUUUAGGAAUAGAGAUAAGCCUUCCGCUUAUAGCAAGGGGGCAGCAUGA